AUGGGGGCCUUCCUGUCGAUACCACUGUUGGCGGUGCCGAGCAUGGGCACGCUCAUCUCCUUUGCGGCCAGCUGCUGCGGUGCAGCAACCUGCUCCAUGGUCUGCAGCGCUUGCGGGAAAUGCGGAAACAGCGUCGCAACGCGCAUCGCCUACGCCCUCAUACUUCUCAUCAACUCGAUACUAUCAUGGAUCAUGCUCACGAAAUGGGCCAUCGAAAAGCUCGAACACCUCAUGCUCGACUACGUCAAGAUUAGCUGCGGGAAAGGGGAAUGUCACGGCUGGCUAGCCGUGCACCGCAUCAACUUCGCCCUUGGCAUGUUCCACCUCGUCCUCGCCGCCCUCAUGCUCGGCGUACACUCGUCCAAAAACCCGCGCGCCGCCAUUCAGAACGGCUUCUGGGGCCCCAAGAUCAUCGCCUGGCUGGGCCUCAUAGUGCUGACCUUCUUCAUCCCCGACACCUUCUUCCAGUUCUGGGGUAACUACAUCGCCAUGAUGGGCGCCAUGCUCUUCCUCAUUCUCGGCCUCAUCCUCCUCGUCGACCUCGCACACAACUGGGCGGAGUACUGCCUCGCCCAGAUUGAGGACACCGACUCCAGAACCUGGCGCGCCAUCCUGAUCGGCUCCACCCUGGGCAUGUACCUGGCCUCGAUAGCCAUGACCAUCGUGCAGUACAUCUUCUUCGCCUCGUCGGGCUGCUCCAUGAACCAGGCCGCCAUCACCAUCAACCUCCUCCUCUGGAUCAUCAUCUCGGUCAUCUCAGUCCACCCCACCGUGCAGGAGCACAACCCCAAGGCCGGCCUGGCGCAAGCCGCCAUGGUCGCAGUCUACUGCACCUACCUGACCAUGUCGGCCGUGUCCAUGGAACCGGACGAGACCGAGGACCGGCGGUGCAACCCACUCGUGCUGGGCCAGGGCACGCGCACCACCACCAUCGUGGUCGGCGCCAUCGUGACGAUGCUGACGGUGGCCUACACGACCACGCGUGCCGCCACCCAGAGUCUCGGGCUCGGCGGCAGCGGCAACCGGAUCCGGCUGCCCGACGACGACGACUACAGCGAGGGGGCGGCCGACGCGCACCACGUCGACCUGGUCACGACGCAGCCGCGCAACGCCCGCCGCCAGAUGCGCGCCGAGGCCCUUCGCCGCGCCGUCGAGGAGGGCAGUCUACCCGCUGAUGCGCUGCUUGAGGAUGAUGAUGAUGAUGACGACAACAGCAGUGGUGGUGGUGGUGCCGGUGGGAAACGGACGGCUAACGAUGAUGAGCGCUCUAGCACCCAGUACAGCUACGCCAUGUUCCAUGUUAUCUUCUUUUUGGCUACGGCUUGGGUUGCUACUCUGCUCACUAUGGACUGGGAUGACAGCAAGUCGUCGGACGGCUUCGCGACCGUCGGCAGGACCCUCUGGGCUAGCUGGGUCAAGAUUGUUAGCUCUUGGGUGUGCUACGCCAUGUAUGCCUGGACUCUGGUUGCGCCGAUUUUGUUGCCUGAUAGGUUUGAAUAA